AUGACAUCACUCGGAAUAUCUCCCUCCCAUCCGGGGCGGUCUAGGCCCACGCCCCCAGGUCGGCCAAAGCGGAAUUCCCUUACUCCGACACUACGGACCAAUAUCGCCCCUGGACCCCCUUCACCCGCUGCGUCUCGACGAGAGAAGGCCGGGGGAGUGAUGGGUGGACUAAUAGAGCGAAGUGAGGAUGAACUGAGGCGGGCGGGAAGGGAGGAGCUGGUCAGUGCAUUGAAGGGGGAGUGGGAGAAUCGGGAUAAGAUGACUGAACAUGUUGACGCGCUCGAGAGUGAACGGAGGAAGCUCGAGAAGGAGCGGGAAGAGCUGGUUCAGAGUUUGGGCGGGCUACAAUCUAGGGUGGACGAUGCGUACAACGAGCAGAGCAGGCUUGAUGCGGAUCUUGAGGGCAGAGACGAGCUGUUGGAGAAGAUGCGGACGCGAAUUUCUGAGGGGGAAAAGGCCCUCCGGGAUGGGCAGAAGCGGUAUACCGAACAGGAGAAAUCGUUCGAAGCCGAGCGCGAAGCAUUCCGGGCACAGGAGCUCCACCUCCAAACACGGAUCAAAACCCUCUCCGCCGGUCCAUCUACAUCCGCCAAGCCUGCCUCGUCUACUUCCGCCGAAGAUACCGAGAUGCUGCAAGAAGAGCUCGCCUCCCUCUCCGCCUCUCACUGCACCCUCAUUGCGCAGCUCAAUACGGUCUCGUCCGAGCUUGGAGACCUGAAGGAGAAGAAUCGGAGCCUAGAGGAGGAGAAUGCAGGGUGGGAGCUGUUGAUGCGUGAACGGACCUUGAAUGGGGGGAUGAGGGGCAAAGGGCUUUUGGGGACGGAGUGGCUCGACGAGGGCGAGGGUGAUAUGAGCGAGGAUGAGGAGCAGGAGGAAAUACUCACGGGCCGGAAGGCGGGGAGGUCUCGGGGAAGGUUGUCGGGGCUAGAGGCGUUGGAUGAGGAGAUGGAGGGGACGAUGGAUGGGGAGAUGAGCACGUCGCCUGUGAACAUGCAGGGGACGAUUCGGUCGGCCAAGGGGAGGAAGGAGAGGAAGGGGGAGAGCCUGGGGGAUCUUGCGGUCAGUGGGAAUGGGCUGGAUCUGGCCGCUGAGCUGGGACGGGCGGAGGUCGAUCUAGAUGGAGGGGAGAUGCGGGCAUUAGGCAAAGGAGAGGAGGGCGAAGCGCUUCGGGCGGAGGUUAAGCAGCUACGCGAGUCCAACAAGGCGCUCUCGCUCUACUGCUCCAAGAUCAUUGACCGUAUCAUCGCCCAAGAAGGCUUCGAGCAUGUCCUAGCGGUAGACUACAAGACACGGCGACUGCACAACCCCAGCCAUCGAUCCCGGAUCGGUAUCGCCGCUCGGACGAGCGUGCACGAUAUCGUCAAGAACAUGCAGGGGGAUGUACCGCCGCCUGUACCGUCCCUGCCUGCGUUUGUGCAGGAGGCGAGAGCUGUAGCGGCCGAAGAGGGCAAGCCUGCGGCGGUCAAAAAGGCGAGGCCGAUGAGCAUGAUGGCGAGGGCGUUCUCGUCUGGGCCUGCUUUGCCGAUGGAGGUGGCGAGGGAGGAGUUUCUGCCAGUGGCACCGAUGUCGGCCGUUCCGGCUGCUACGAGGGAGGAGGAAGCCAAGGCUACAAAGAAGGCCAAGCGAGGCUUCUCGAUCGACUUCCGGUCCUUCGGCUUCGGCUCCGCACCCGCUGCACCCGCCCCUUCACCUCCCGAGCCCAAAGGCCUGAAACCCCUCCAGCUCCCUCGGCGGACCGCAUCGCAAUCCUCCCGCCCGCCUUCCGUCCGUAUCCCCUCUCCACCCAUGCACUGCCCCGCCGAGUACGGCGGAAUCACCGCGCGCAAGCUCGACCCGCAAGCCGAGGACGAGGAGGACCGGCGCGAGCGCCAUCGCAUGGAAGCAGCCAUGCGGCUUAUGGGGAUCGACCGUUCUUCCAUCUCACCCUCUGGCGGGAUUAUGGAGGAACUCGAGCCGGACAUGUCUGCCCCAUCCAUGACUCAGAGCCAAACACGGACGAGCACCGGCUCUGACUCAUCCGCGUCAUCCCGGACGACCCCGCUCUCCCGGCUCUCAUCCCGUCUCGCAUCAACCCUCUCGCCCUCGUUGGAACUGGCCGACCCGAUGUCGCCAGUCAAUGACGAUACGGCCACUGCGGCGCUGGCGGCCUUCGACAAGAAGGAGCAGGAGCAGUCCAAGAUGAUUGCGAAGGGAUCGUACCAUGCCGAAUUUACGGCCCCGUCGCCCUCUAGCUCGGUAAGGGACCGACGGGCGAGUAUGCGCCGGGGAAGCGGACAGUCUGUGGAUGGGCAGAGAACGAUGGGGAGGGGUAGGAUGAGUAAGAGCGGGAGCGUCAGUACGCUGUGGAGCGCGGGCAGUGGGUCUAGGCCGGUCAGUAUGGAGGUUUCGGCUGCUGCGGAGGGGGCGGAAGAGAGGCUAUAG